GAAUGUUUUUCUGUGGCAUUCAUCAAUAAUUUAUUGUCUAAACUUAUGCUUCAAGUUAUUAUUCAAGUUCGAUAUUUAUGGCCGUCUGGGUUGUUGAGUCAAUUUUUUUUUCUUUAUUGCUUCCGGCCGCUUAUUAUAGUGCUCAUUGAAAACGGAAUUUCAAAUCUAUUUCAUUCAUACAUACAUUCUUGUUUGCGAACGAAAAAUUCAAUCAACUAUGGAGCAUUCCAGAACGAAUAUAUCUUGCUAAAUAUUCAAGAAUCGUCUUUUUUUCCAUUUGAACCAAGCAGCAAUAUUUUUAUAUAUCGAAAUGAUAAUGAACCCUUUAAUUAAAUCAAUUAACUAUUCACUAUUCCGGCUGCUGCUAUAGAAUAAUAAAACAAGAUUAUAUCAUAAUAAAUGACCAUAGAAGUUGUUGUUGUUGAAUCGAUUAAUUUAUUCGGUUGAUGAAAAUAAUAUGUUAUGUUAUACAUUUUGCUUUAACCGAUUCAACUAGUUCGGUUACAUUAUAUGCUACAUAUGGACCAUUUAUGGCAAAGAAAACCAUAAAUCCAUUUUCGGUUUGUCGAAAUGAUUCAUCAUCAUCAUCAACAACAACAAAAUGGACAACAUCCGUUGAUUGUCAAAGAAAAUUAUCAUCCACAAUUACUGAUGGCGGUGGUGGUGAUAAAAAAAAUAAUCUAAAUCACAAUUACAACAACUACAUAUCUGAACAAAUCAAUGCUUAUCUUGUAACGAAAGAAGUACGUCGUAGUCAUCCAGUACUUCGUGUUUUAUUCUAUGCUAGUCAUUUAUUUGAGCUUCGUUCCAAUCAUAAUAAUUUUGUCACACGACCAUCAUCGAAUAACAACAAUGUUGAUCGAAAUGAGAAAUCAAUUUGUGCCGUUGUCAUUGUUCAAUAUCAUGGUGAACGUCUAUUUGGAACAUGUAGCCCAAGUAGUAGUCAAAAAAAUCGAUUAAAUGCCUGUUUGGCUGAAAUUAUUAUUCCGGCAUUGUAUUGGCCACCAUUAGAUGUAACGAAUGGUGGCAAUAUUUAUGCAGCUAAACAACAAAAAUCAUCCAUCGCUAAAGUUUUCUACACAAUCACACAUAUUCCCGGUGAUCAACAAUGUAAUGAUCAGAAUUUUCUUUCACUAUUAGCAUCACAAUCACCGAAUAGUAAUGAUAAUGAUGGUGAUGAUGAUGAAUCAAUAUCCGAUUUAUUCAGUGCCGAAAAUUCAAUGAAUCUGAUCCAUCUAUCGGAUGUGUUUUUAGUUCCAUUUCGUGGUAGUUAUGAAGAAGUUACUAAUGAUAAUGUUGUCACCGUACUUAUACCACAGGAGCCUGUCCAUCCUAAUAGCAAAAUUUACAUUCCAGUCAAAUAUACGUACAAUCCAGAGUAUCCGGUAUCGGCAUUCAGUCUUCGUGUACAAGUAAAACCUGGCUUGAGAAUAUUGGGUGCACAAUUAUCACAUCCAAAUAAAUUAUGGCAACUAAGUAUUGAACUUGGUACCGGGCAAACAUCAGCUACUGUAACGGCAUUUCUACGUGAUUCAUCUCUAGAUAGUCAAUCAUUACUGGAUGAAUUAAUGGAAAAUAUUUCGCAAGAAGUUUAUUCUUGGUUAAUUGAAAUCACUGAUGAAGUGAAUAUAGCCGAAAUGAAUGGUAGAAUCGUGUGGCAAUUAUUAUAUGAAACGGAAACGGAUAGCUACCGAAAUCCGAAUACUAAUAUUAUCGAUGCAUCCAUUGAACAACAUUUUGCAUCACAUCGAGGUGGACAAUUUUUGAAACAGGAACCAAAUUUCGAAAAAGAAUCAAUCAAAUUAACAUCAUUAAUUGACAUACAAAAAGAUGUAAUGGAAGAAAUCAUUGCCAUCACUAAUUCAAAAGAAUUGCUUAACACGGCAAUAUUGAAUGGUAGACAAGUAUCGCGUACAAUGCGUAUCUAUCAGGUAUCUGCUGCUGGCCAUAUCAGUGAUAUUACAUUUCAAUGUAGCUGUCAAUCGAUCGAUGAAUCAAUUCUAAAGGUUUCAACAUCAUGUACAUCUGUUUAUUUGGAUGGUAGUGAAAUUCGUGGCAGUCAAAAUGCAACCAUUCUUAUACGAUAUGGCUCAUUCAUAGGACAAGGAAAUUUUGUUGUUUGGAUGCCACAAAUACCGUUAGAAGUUCGUGUAAGUGAUGAUAAAUUAAGUCAAAUUAAAAAAUGGCGUGUACAUCGUCCAAUUAAUCGCAUUGGUUCAAUGAAUUCCAAUCUACCGAAUCAUGGUUCAUCAUCAAUAAAUGAAAAUCAUUUCGAUACAAUCGAUGAUGAAAUGUUGGCCGAUCAAAAUGAUAAUGAUGAUGGUUAUUGGCCCGAAUUAAUCAAUAUUCCAAAUUCCAUUCAGCCACAAAUUUGUCAGCUGAAAUUUCAGCAAACACGAAUUGAAGUUUAUACACGUUAUAUGAGUAGUGAUCAUGAUUCAGGUCGUGAAGCAUCAUUAGUGAAUCGUCGACAUUCGAUUCGCAUAACGAAAAUUGUACAGAAUAUGAUUCGUGUUUCAGAUAAAAAGAUUUUGCGAAUUUUGCGCGCAAAUAUUAUUGAAGGCGUUAGUGCUGGCACUGCUAAUGUGGAGAUAAUUUCGCCAAUAACCGGCGCCAUUAUUGGUUCAAAACAAAUUGAAGUCAACAUGGAACGUGAAAGUAUAACCAAUAUGAAAGUUCAUUUAAUAUCUGGAAUUCAAAUGGAAAUUGAACCCGUCGGUCAAUUGAAUCAAAAUAUUUGGAUGGUUCGAACCAGUCUGAUCAAUUCAUUAACAAAACAAUAUCAGGAAGCUUUAUUGGAAGCUCGUCUUUUCUUUUCCGACCAAACAUCGACAUAUUUAUCAGAGAUAUCACCAAAUGAUUAUCACUUGACCAUCAAUACAUUUAAAGGCGUUGUAGAUAAUGUAACCCGUGAUAAUGUUAUGCAGAAUCGUGGUGAAGAAAUCGGUACAUUCAUUUAUGAAAUACCAAGAAUAAUAGCAUUGAUGCCUGGACAAGGUGAAUCGAUUCAUAUGACAAUUGAUUCAAUGCAUUCAUGUCAUGAACUGAAAAAAAAUUCACAACAACAACAACAACAACCACUAUCAUCAUCAUUCAUAAAUGUGGAUGUUAAUUUUGAAUCACCAAAUUCAAUGUUUUCAUUACAAAAUGAUGCCAUUCAUUAUCGACGUUUUGGUGGUAAUGGUGCUGUUGCCAAAGGUAUUACACGUCAUGAUCUGUCAUCAUCGAUUAUCAAUCAAGCGGGAAAAUCAAAUGAAUUCUUCAAUAAUCCAUACUAUAAUAACAAGAAUAAAAGAAUUCCAAUUGCAUCGACAAAAAAACAUCAUCAUAAUCAUAAUGAUAAUAUUCGAUUUCAGCGACAUUCAAUUGCAAUAUCGACAUCAUCAUUAAAUCAUGAUGAAAAUGGAUCAUCAUCAAUUAAAUUUGGAAUAUUAAGUUUUAUCACCAUUGUUGGCAUUGCAUUCAUCAUCGUUGUAAUUUAUUCAGUAUUUAUCGCACAUUUUCGUCAAAAUCAUCAAAUUACAACAGCAACAACAACGGUUACACAGACAACGGCAUCCAAUUCGAUCCAAUCACAAUCAUCAACAAAAGGAAAAGGAAUCACUGAUCUGAAACCAUAUCUGUCUGCUUGUUUGAAUCGUAGUGGCAGCAGUAAUCAUCAAAUUGAUUCCAAUGUUCAUGAUUGGAUAUGGAUAUCGAAAGAGGAACUUGAAAAUGAACAAAAAAUAAUAAAAAAUCCAAUGGAACAGGCAAAACUUUUAACACCUUUAUUACAUCAUCAUCAUCAUCAUGAUCAUCAUAAUAAUGGUGAUCAGUUGAAAUUAUCGAAAAAAUUCAGUUCAAAAAAUCAAACAUCAUCACCAGCACCUCUUAAUGAAUCCGAUGAUAACCAUAAUGCAAUGAUAAACAUAACGAUCAAUCCAAGUGAAACUUUUUUCAAGCAUAAACAAAUUGGUCAUCAAAAUGAUGAUGAUGAUGAUGUUGCUGGUGAUUCGAUUAUUCGAAAAUUCAAUUUUCCCGUUCCUGGAACGAUCGAGGCAUGGAAUGAUAGUAAUAGUAAUAAUAAUAACAAGGUGAUAGCUGCUAUGCCACCAUUAUCAGAGCCAUUAUUGACGAAAACUCGCCACAUACCUAUACCGAAACAGCGUGUUAAUAAUAGCAACAAAAAUCAUCAUCAUAAUAAUCGUAAUAGGCGUAAUGAACAAACGAAUGAAUUGGUGCCUAAACGAAAUUCUUCUACAUCAUCAUCAUCAGCUACACCACCACCAUUACCAUUGCAUAGAAGAAUUUCAGAAUCAAAUAAACGGUUAAAAAUUUCAUCUUCCUAUAAUGACAACGAUAUCGAUGAAAUUCCACCACCAAUACCACCGCAUCGAAAUAUUGAUAAUAAUUCAGCAAUAAUGAAAACACCAACAACGACGACGACGAUUCUAGAAAGACCAAAACAAUUAUUGUUACAAAAUGUAAAUUCUAUCAAUAAUAGUCAACGACAAUCACCACGAGAACAACAAAUCGAUUAUCAUUUUAUGAUGAAAAUUCUAAACGAUAGGCUAAAAGAAUCACAAGCUUGAUUUAACUCGUUAAUCAUCAUCACCAGAAAAAAAACAGAACAGAAGCCUUAUUUUUUCAUCGAUUUUCAUCAUCAUCAUCA